GAGAGUUCCCUCGAGCAAAGCACGAAACCUCCUCUUCGAAAGAUACAUUUUCUUCCCUCACAUACCCGCUUCAGGCAAAAUACCCAACACCUCUCCCUAAUAUCCAACAAAAUGAUCAAACCCAUGACUUGACAGCGGCUAAGAAAUCACCCCAAACAAAAGAAAAAUCUCGAAAUAAGAAAGACCCAAGAGGUACGAUAGCUUAGGCCCAGGACGCGAGGUCUUCACUUCACUCGCAGCCUCGAGAGACACAAGACACAACCAUGGUGGACUACAGCAAGUGGAAGGAUAUUGAGAUUUCUGAUGACGAGGAUGACACUCACCCUAACAUUGACACCCCAUCGCUGUUCCGAUGGCGUCACCAAGCCAGACUUGAGCGAAUGGCUGAAAAGGAAAAAGAGAAGGAAAGAUUAUUGAAAGAAAAGAAUGAAUAUGAGAAAAGAGUUGAAAAUUUAAAGAAGAAGCUACAGGGCUCUGAUGGAAAUGCAGAAUCUACAGAUAUGACACAAUUAAAGGAAGCAUUGCAAGAGUUAGAGAAGAAGGGACAACAGCUGAUUGAACAUGAAAAGGAAUUAGAAAAGAAGGACAGGGUCAGUAAUUCUUUUUUGUGUGGCUAA